AUGGCGCCGCUUGAGAGAGCUUCCUCGGCCGCGGAGCCUUUCGCGUCUCUGAGCCACUCCGAGGCAGGCGGGGGCCACAUUCGGGGGCAUUCCAUCCUCAGCCCGGGCACGUCCUCAAGGGAAGGGUGGGGGAGACGUACGUCAGACACCACGGACGCGCCAGCAGACGGCCUUGCGGACCAGCCGUCCCGCAGGGGCUCGCAUCGCCUGAUGCAUGCAACCUCGUCGUCUUGGAGCCAGCCCCCGGCGCGGCCCGUGGGGCUGAGCCCCGAGGAGCUUCCCCGGCACUCAUCAGGCAUUCCGCGGCCGCUGUCCGCGCGGAACAGCGGCCGGCUGGACCCGCACCGCGCGGAGCAGGACCAUCGCCACGCGGGGCCCUUCACGCUCGACGACAUCGCGAACGGCAACCUGCACAUCACUCCGCAUCAGUCCACGAGAUCGUCAAUCGCCAGCAGGGACGCUCCGCAGCACCAGCGCCUCUCGGAAGGCGUGGGGAUGCCGCACGGAGGACCACCGAGGCACCAUCACGCACGUCAGGAGUCCAUCGGCGGCCUCGGGCCAGUGCCCGAAGGGAGCGGGACGGAGAACGCAAGCGCGAACGGCUCGGGCAAGGUCAACGGCGACGCGGGGGGGGACUUGGGCCGUGCGUCAGACUACAGCUACGUCCGCGCGUCUCUCGAGAGCUGGACCGCGGUCCCGCCGGACGCAGCGCCCCUCGCGCAGCGGACCGCGUCGGACGGCGUCGACCGGGGCGAUGGGAGCCGCGCUGCGGCGCCGCGGGACGUGCACGCGCAGAUGCGCGUCGCACCGGGGCUCAGCACGCAGCCGUACGGUGCCGUACUGCCCGACGCCCGCGGAGGCAGCAUCGCCGCCGCCCCGGACGUCGCGACGACGCUCGCAGCGCUCUACCAGCGGCUGCAGGAGCUGCGUGUCGUGGAGGGCGCAGCCGCGAGGCGCCACGCGGCCCCUGGGGCGCAAACGGGGCCCACGCAGGGCGACGAGGACGAGGACGUGAGAGACAUCGGGCGCGCGAUCAGCGACGCGCUUGCGCGCCACGCAGCGGUGCCGCUUCAGCCCGCGGGCAGCGCCGCGCAGGGUGCCGACGCUGGGGAGUCGCUCGGGGCGCAGCUGGAGAUUCUCGGGGUCGAAACGACGGCGACGGACUACCGCAGCCUGCUGACGUCGGCGGCUGGGCGAGAGCUUGCGGCGUACGGGCGCGUGGCGACGCUGGAGGACGAGGACUGGCGUCGGGCCGCCGACUCGGCGCAGCAGGUCAGACGGUCGCCGGUGCGCGACGUCGAGGGCGCCCUGCUGGCGCGCGUAGAGAGGUCCGCGCUCAUGUCGUCGCUGGCGGAGCUCCAGGGCGCUGUCGGCAACGUCACGGCGCAUCUUCCCGGCGGCCGCCUGGGAGCUGCUGCCGCCGGGGCUGCGGCGGACGCGCCGCCGGCGGACCCCGAGUUCUACACCGUCGGCCGGAGCGCGCAGGCGGCGCUGCGUGGCGAUCGCAGCAUGGCGGCCCACCCCAUCUCGCGCUUGACUCAGGAGGGACCCGACGUCAGUCGGUUGGGGGGUGUGCCGCCGGCGGGGAGCCGCACGGAGCCACCGCGGGCGCGGAAGGGCUUGGACGACAGCAUCAUCGACGACUGCAACGAUUUCGAGGAGGCCCUGAAGCGUGUUGCGGCUUCGGCAGGGUGCACGCGCCCACCCGCAGCCAGAGCGCCCCCGCCGCCGGCGACGGUCCCGGCCGCGGCGCGCCCCGCGCCGCCGCCGCCGUACGCGCGCCCGCCACCGGGAUGGCUGCCACCGCCGACGUACGACGAACGCCCCACGUUCAACCCAUAUCUGGCGCCAGAUGUGCCAAGUCAGACCACCAGGCAGGUCUACCAUGCAACGGAGGACCACAGGGCGCACCUGCGCGCGACGCCGGGUGCCGCACGGUGGGCGCCUCCCGAGUACUUCUCGACGCCGUGGGACGCGGUCGCGGGCGUGGACAAUCGCGUGGAGGGACGGACCACGUCGGGCGUCGUGCCGCCCUACGACGCGCUGCCGCCGAAGACGUUCCCGGGCACGCAGGCGCACAUGCCCGCCGCCGCGAACCUGGCGCGCUCCUAUCUGUCUGACGAGUACGCGCGGCAGUGGCCAGGCUGA